ACUGCAGCCCCAACAACCACUGGACCAACUACAACUGCAGCCCAAACAACUGCAGCCCAAACAACAACAGCUGCACCAACUACAACUGCAGCCCAAACAACAACUGCUGCAGCAACUACAACAGCAUUCCCAACAACCGUUGCACCAACUUCAACUGCAGCCCAAACAUCUGCAGCCCAAACAACAACAGCUGCACCAACUACAGCAGCAGCCAUAACAACCGUUGCACCAACUACAACUGCAGCCCAAACAACAACUGCUGCAGCAACUACAACUGCAGCCCAGACAACCGUUGCACCAACUACAACAGCAUCCCCAACAACUGCUGCACUAACUACAACUGCAGCCCAAACAACAACUUCUGCACUGACUACAAAUGGAGCCCAAACAACAACUGCUUCAGCAACUACAACUGCAGCCCAAACAACAACAGCUGCAGCAACUACAACAGCAGCCCCAACAACCACUGGACCAACUACAACCACAGCCCCAACAACACCUGCUGCAGAAACUACAACAGCAUCCCCAACAACUGUUGCACCAACUACAACUGCAGCCUCGACGACCGUUGCACCAACUACAACUGCAGCCCAAACAACAACUACUGCAUCAACUACAACAGGAGCCCAAACAACAACUGUAGCUCAAACAGCAACUGCUGCACCAACUACAACUGCAGUCCCAACUACAUCAGCUGCACCAACUACAACAGCAGCCCAGACAACCGCUGGACCAACUACAACUGCAGCCCAAACAACAACUGGACCAACUACAACCACAGCCCCCACAACACCUGCUGCAGAAACUACAACAGCAUCCCCAACAACUGUUGCACCAACUACAACUGCAGCCUCGACGACCGUUGCACCAACUACAACUGCAGCCCAAACAACAACUACUGCAUCAACUACAACAGCAGCCCAAACAACAACUGUAGCUCAAACAGCAACUGCUGCACCAACUACAACUGCAGUCCCAACUACAUCAGCUGCAUCUCUUUGUCAGUGGGCCGCCCCGCUCAGGAUCCUCCUCAGCCGGACGGACGCCUCACUCGGUCCCGGUAGUGCUCCCCCCUUCUCGUUGAGCUUGAAGAGGAGCUUCCUCAGCCUGAAGACCUCCUGCUGGGUGAAGUCUCCAGCGCCCUUUUUUGUGCUACCGUGUCAGGCGGAGCGACCAAACUUCUCCAAGUCGGAGAAGUACUCCUCCAGCCUCACUCCCUUCUCAUUCUUGGUGGCAAGCAGGAACUCCUUCACCUCCCCCGCUCUGUGCCUGGUGGUGACCGUCCCACCUGAGGAGACGCUGAUGGCAGAGACCCACCUUGAAGAGGUGUCAGACUCCCCACCUCCUGCCUCCACUCUGCCCAUCCCCACCUGA